AUGACUCAAGCAGAUGGAGAGAUCACCCCAGCCAGUUCACUGUCUGGUAUCCAACUUCAACUAUUCAUGUUAGGGACUUUUCGAGCGACAGAAGCCAUCGCGUGGACCAGCAUUUUCCCAUAUGUAUAUUUCAUGAUCCAAUCUUUUGAUGAGGUUGAUCAUGCAGAUAUACCGUUGUAUUCUGGUAUGCUCAUAUCCAUAUUCACAUUUUGUGAAUUCCUUAGUGGGAUGGUAUGGGCCAAAAUCAGCGACCGGAUUGGAAGAAAGCCAACUUUAUUGAUUGGGGCUCUCUGUGGCAUCAUUACAGCCAUAUCAUUCGGGUUAUCCAAGUCUAUGGUUGCGAUUACACUGUCAAGAGCAUUGGGAGGGCUUACAAACCCAAAUGUUGGCGUAGUGCAAACUUGUGUUGGCGAAUUGGUUGAGCGGAAAGAACAGCAAGCAAAAGCAUUCUCUGUUGUUCCUUUUCUUCGCAGCCUUGGAACUCUCCUCGGCCCGCCGUUAGGCGGACUCCUGGCAGACCCGGUCAAAUUAUACCCGAAUGUGUUUCAAGAAAAGUCGAUUUGGAAGAGCUUUCCAUACUUACUUCCAAACUUGCUUGUUGGUGUGCUUUCGUUCUCUGGCAUGGUCUUGGGGCUUCUGCUUUUACAAGAAACCCAUCCACAGCUUGUGAACAAACCAGAUAUUGGAAUUCGCACAUAUCUUGCAUUUAAGUACCUUUUUACAGGAAAUUUCAGAAAACACAAUUGCGCUCGAUAUUCGCGUUUGGACCACGCUGAAGAGGAUGGAAUAGAAUUAAGAAUGGAAACUGAAGCAGAGCCUGAACAGGAGGCAAUACAGGCACCGUGUGCCAUAACAACUUCAUACAAAACCAAGCCCACCGAAAAGCCAGUUUCAAAGGCUUUCACACUUCAGGUUAUACUGCAAGUUAUCUCUGUUUUUAUAUUGGCGUUUCACAAAGUAUCUUCAGACAUUAUAACGCCCAUAUUUCUCGCAAUUCCCGCAAAACCAACCAAACCAGCCGAUAACCUUGUGGAGAGGAAUAUUUUCCAGUUUACCGAUGUAUUCGGCUUCAGCUCUCAGAAAAUUGGAUUCAUCCUUCUUACCCAAGCUGGAGUGGCUAUCAUCGCACAGUCAACCUUAAUUCCUUGGAUUGUCGGUCGAUUUGGAGCAUUAAAAUGCUACCGAAUGAUUCUCUGCAUCUUUCCGGUCGCAUAUCUAUUCACACCAUUCCUCGUUAAGCUGAAGUCGCCUUUUUCUAUAAUCGCAUUAUUGUUUGAUCUAUGGGUGAAGGUAUUACUUUCAUCGACAGGAUACAUAUGUUCUGCUAUCUUUUUUCUAGCGAGGAUCAAUGGUGUGGCUGCCUCAUUCGGCUGCCUUGCACGAUCAAUUGGUCCAUUGAUAUCCGGGCGACUGUUUAAAUGGGGUAUUCAGGAAGGAUAUAUUGGAAUUGCAUUUUGGACUCUAAGUACUGUCGCCUUUAUCGGCGCGCUAGAGUCAUUUUUCCUCUUAGACCAUGCGUGA